UCGUGUCAUUUUAGUGAGGAGCUACACCGACUGCGGAGUGAACGGUAUCGCAAGUUCGACGGUUGAUGGUGGUGAUUGUUAGUGAUUAUUAUUUCUGUUGAUUCUUUAUAAUGGUCCUGGGAGUUUCUUGCAGCAGCGUCGGCGUUGCUCUCCUGCUGCUCCUGGUCGUAGUUUGCGCUGUGAGCGAUGCUGCAAGAUAUCGGAUUAAAUUUGUACUCUUUAUUUUUCUAAGUGCUAUAGCGGCGACAUGGUGCAUACCAAUUAUGCUCUUUCAGCCAGGACAUUGGAAAAAUGCGCUCAUACCUGCGUGGGGAGGGCGACAAAUUGCAAAACUCCUAGGCAUACAAUUUCAAGUUCGUGGGAAGGAAAAUAUCGUCAAAGACACGGGUUGUGUAGUGUUGAUUAAUCACCAGAGCGGACUUGAUCUUUGCGUAUUGGCAGAGUUGUGGCCGGUGUUGGAACGAUGCACGGUGAUUUCAAAAAAAGAGAUUCUCUACUUGGGGCCGUUUGGGCUCGCCUCCUGGCUUUGGGGUACGAUUUUCAUCGACAGGCGGCAAGCUGAGCAAGCACAUAGCACCAUGAACUCGACGGCGGACAUUAUCAAUAACAGAAAGGCAAAACUUUGUCUAUUUCCCGAGGGUAAGCGGCACUCCGGGACGAAGCUGCUUCCGUUCAAGAAGGGCGCCUUCCACGUCGCCAUCGCCUCCCAGACCCCGAUUCAGCCGGUCGUCGUCUCCAAGUAUUAUUUUCUCAACGACAAACUCAAGAAGUUUGGCUCUGGAAAAAGUUAUAUCACCAUUUUACCACCGAUUUCCACAGUCGGAAUGACAAAGGACAAUAUAGCGGAACUGAUGGAUGAAGCCCACGAAAAAAUGAACAAAGUUUUCCAAGAGACCUCUCAGGAAGUUCUAACGUUACAUGUCGACAAUUCAAACUCGAAAUAAUGAGAGUAAGGAAACUCGCGGAGUAAAAAUAGUACUAAUCAUAAUCCAAAGAGACAGCGAAUGAAGAUCUACUCGAAAUUGCAAAUGUAUUGACUAAUGUCAGCGUCAUACCUUUAUACACACGUAAAGUUGGAAAUUCCACGGAAACUUGGACUAGUGACCUUUGCGUCGGUGCAGUAAGAGUUCGUAUACCUAAUAGAAUCGAUUGUUGCCACAUACAACUAUUUUACAUGAAUAAUUCUAAGAGUUGUAUGCAUUUAAACGUUAUACGUAUACAAUAUCCCGCACAACAUUUUUUAUACAGACUUUUAGAUGAUGUCGACACGUUGUAAGUAUAAAGCAAAAAAGGAAAAAAAAAUAUAGGUCGUCUAUCACGCACAUGCCUGUUAUAUUGUAUACACAAUAUAUGCAUAUAAAUAUUUACCAACGAUCGAUUGAGAACUGAAACGAAACUGACAUAUCCAAAUUACGACCGAUCAAAUAUCCAAUUAUAGUAUUAUGUAAAAGUCGUGUACAGCAAAUGAAGAAAAGUAUAAGUCAGAUGAAUUACUUAUUCAUAAGUCUUCUUUUCUAUCUCAAUCUAAAUUACAACACAAUUUAUUUUCAAACAUUUUAAGGUUGUAAAUAAAAAUCUGGUAAUAUGUUCGAGUUUUGGUAUUUGUUGAAAUUCAUAGAAUUUAAAGAUCGGCUAUUUCAUCAAGAUGAAUUGGUCUCAAAUCGAAUUGAAGGUAUAGGUGAAAUUUGAUCUCAACACUAUUUACUUUAACUGAUUGUGAGACCUUUGAUUUUUUCUACGAAAUGAUAUCUUUACAUAUGUAGGUUAUUAUUUAAGUCUAACGCACAUUCGCUGGUUAGCCCCAUAGCAGCUGUGCACAAAAUUUAUUGUUUAUGUUGGUCACAGGGGCUAAUCUCAUGCAUAUACUCCGGCUCUACUUCAGAUUAAUUUCUAAUAUUUUUCCGGUGUAGACUGUACAUAGUUUCUAAAAAUUGUUGUCGUGACAUCGAUAUGACGCAUAGGAAAGACGAAAAAGAAUCGGCGCAAUUCAAAUUGUCACACGUGACACUACAUGACUACUGAUUUCCGAAAUACGAUUUUAUUCGUGCAGUUUUUUAUAAA